GCACGUCGCUAUCAAGUCUCUGAUAAGCAACUGCCAGAAAAAAAGUCCGCCAGCAGAGGUUGUCAGCAUUGUCGGUAUCAGGACUGUUGCGCACAACGAACAAGAUGGCUUCCGACCUCAGCAAGAAGAGGAAGCUCACAGAUGCGAAGGGCUCAAAGCCUGAAGCAAUCUCCUCCACCACUUCCAAAGCGAAGAAGGUGAAGAGGGAUCCCACGCCGGAGGAACGCGACGCCGACAGUGGCAGCGACAACGCCCCAGAGGCCGACAACCGACAAGCUGAAGAGGAAGACGACAGCUCUGACGGGAGCGAUCUUGAGCAUGAUAAUUUUGACAACGAUGGGGACGGUGCGGACGAGCAAGAUGGAUCGGCGGAAUUGGACGACAUCCCGCAAGGCGACGGCGCGUUGCUCCCUCCACCGAUCUCGAGCAAUGCUCAAGAUUUCUCCGAGCUCAACCUUUCCGACAAGACCAUGCAGGCAAUCAGCGAAAUGGGCUUCACGAAGAUGACCGAGAUCCAACGGCGGGGCAUUCCACCCCUGCUCGCGGGCAAGGACGUGCUGGGGGCGGCCAAGACCGGGUCUGGCAAGACGCUCGCAUUCCUGAUUCCGGCCGUCGAGAUGCUCAGGUCUCUGCGCUUCAAACCGAGGAACGGCACUGGUGCCAUUGUCGUUACGCCCACCCGCGAGCUGGCAUUGCAGAUCUUCGGCGUUGCGCGUGAGCUGAUGAAGCACCAUUCGCAGACCUACGGAGUGGUCAUCGGAGGUGCGAAUCGCAGAGCCGAGGCUGAGAAGUUGGGCAAGGGUGUCAACCUUCUGAUCGCAACCCCCGGCAGGUUACUUGAUCAUCUCCAGAACACGCCAUUCGUGUUCAAGAACCUGAAGUCUCUGAUCAUCGACGAAGCGGAUCGGAUAUUGGAGAUCGGUUUCGAGGACGAAAUGCGCCAAAUCGUCAAGAUCCUGCCCAAAGAAGGUCGCCAGACCAUGCUGUUCUCGGCCACACAGACGACAAAGGUCGAGGAUCUUGCGAGAAUCUCGCUCCGACCGGGGCCGCUUUACAUCAACGUGGACGAGGAGAAGCAGUUCAGUACGGUCGAAGGGCUCGAUCAGGGAUACGUCGUUGUCGACGCGGAUAAGCGCUUCCUCCUGCUCUUCUCGUUCCUCAAAAAGAUGGCCAAGAAGAAGGUCAUCGUGUUCUUCUCGUCCUGCAAUUCAGUCAAAUACUACAGCGAGCUUCUGCAGUACAUCGACCUGCCGGUUCUCGAUCUGCACGGGAAGCAGAAGCAGCAAAAGCGGACCAACACCUUCUUCGAGUUCUGCAACGCCAAGCAGGGAACUCUAAUUUGCACGGAUGUUGCCGCUCGUGGCCUCGACAUUCCCCAGGUUGACUGGAUCGUCCAGUUCGAUCCGCCGGAUGAUCCCCGAGACUACAUUCACCGUGUCGGCCGCACGGCGCGGGGCAGCAACACCAAGGGUCGGUCGCUGCUUUUCCUGCAGCCCAGUGAGCUCGGCUUUUUGGCCCAUCUUAAGGCCGCCAAGGUGCCGGUAGUGGAGUACGACUUUCCAAAGAACAAGAUACUCAACGUGCAAUCCCAGUUGGAGAAGCUCAUUCAGAGUAACUACUACCUGAAUCAGAGCGCCAAGGACGGCUACCGGUCCUACUUACACGCAUAUGCCUCCCACAGCCUCCGGAGUGUGUUUGACGUGCACAAGCUGGAUUUGGUGAAAGUGGCCAAGAGCUUCGGUUUCUCCACGCCGCCCAGAGUCGAUAUCACCCUCGCGGCAGGGAUGAGCCGCGACAAGAAGCAGCAGGCUAGGAGAGCCUACGGCAGUCAGCCGCGGCAGGGCGCCCACCACCGCAAGUAG